GUAUCCAUAGCAACAGUUUCUACUGUUGAUCAUCCCAAGAUGGCCGACGAGGAGAAAACCACAGCGCUCCCAGUUUCUUCUGAAGCCAAGAAACGCCGUGCACCAAAAGCUCCAGAUCUUCCUAUUGUGGAGAGGAGAAACUGGCUAAUCCACCAGCACUAUCUCCACAAAGACUAUGAGACCUGUAAGGUGAUCAUUAAAGAACAACUGCAAGAGACCAAUGGAAUGUGUGAAUAUGCCAUAUAUGUCCAAGCACUAAUCUUGCGUCUUGAGGGCAAGAUCCAACAGUCCCUGGAGCUCUUUCAGAGCUGUGCCAUCCUUAAUCCUAACAGCUCUGACAACCUCAAACAAGUGGCCCGAUCACUAUUUCUUCUGGGAAAGCACAAAGCAGCUAUUGAAUUCUAUCAUGAAGCUGCAAGACUUAAUGAGAAAGACUGGGAGGUCAGUCAUAAUCUCGGCAUGUGCCAUUUCUUCAUCAAAGACUUUAAAAAUGCUGAAGAACAUCUCAACACAGCUCUUCAGAUAAAUAAACAUGACAAGACUUUUAUGAUGCUUGGGAAGGUUCAUUUGCUGGCUGGAGAAACCGACAAGGCCAUUGACGUGUAUAAGAGAGCAGUGGAAUUCUCUCCGGAGAACACCGAACUCCUCACCACUCUUGGCCUGCUGUAUUUACAGCUUGGGAAAUACCAAAAAGCUUUUGAGCACCUUGGAAAUGCCCUCACUUUUGAUCCAAACAAUUAUAAGGCCAUCCUGGCUGCAGGCAGCAUGAUGCAAACCCAUGGUGACUUUGAUGUGGCCAUGAACAAGUACAGAGUGGCAGCCUGUGCUGUGCCUGAAAGCCCCCCUCUUUGGAACAACAUUGGCAUGUGCUUCUUUGGAAAAAAGAAAUAUGUAGCUGCCAUCAGCUGUCUGAAGCGUGCUCACUACUUGUCUCCUUUUGACUGGAAAGUGUUGUACAACCUGGGUCUGGUACACCUGACCAUGCAGCAGUACGCUUCAGCCUUCCACUUCCUCAGCGCAGCCAUCAAUCUGAACCCACGAAUGGGAGAAAUCUACAUGUUGUUGGCAGUGGCUUUGACCAAUUUGGAGGAUGUGGAGAACGCCACCAGAGCAUAUGAACAAGCUGUGAAUCUGGAUGAAUCCAACCCCCUGGUAAACCUAAACUUUGCAAUAUUCCUGUAUAAUCAUGGUGACAAGAAGGGAGCUCUUGAUCAGUAUCAGGAGAUGGAAAGGAAAGUCAAUCUGCUUCGGGACACCAGUAGCAACUUUGAAUUCGAUUCCGAGCUGAUGGACAUGGCUCAGAAGAUGGGAGCUGCCCUGCAGGUAACAGAGAGUCUGGUGUGGAUUAAACCAGGGAAGGACUCUAAAUCCAAAACAAACUCGGCAGCAGCAGCCAAAACCCCCGGUGCUCCUCUAGGUACUAACCAAGCCCUGGGUCAAGCCAUGUCUUCAGCUGCGAGCUACAACAAGAGUAUCCAUCUUUCGACAGGAGUUUCCAAAGGACCCUCCAUGGCUGUUGAGGCAGAGGCCGAUGUAGAGAACGAUGCCAGCCCACACACUGACCAUCCAGGCUCCCCAGAGCCUAAAGACUGACAACUCCAAACCCAGAACCUCCAAAAGGAAGUGGAGAUGGAAGAAGGAAUUUACUUUGUGGUGACUGUUACAGUCUUUUGUAUCUGUCAGUAGAUCACUCUCAUGAUAUUAGAUCUGAAAUCAUGACAUCAUGUCUCUGUAACACCAAAAAGGCUUCUGUAUUUGUGCUUUUCUAGCUCACUGUAGUUAGAUGUGCAUCCUUGACAUGAGGAAUUCUGCUUUAGCUGCAAAGAAAUUUAAUGUCCCAUUUAAAGGGCAAGGUCAGUGUUCCCAUUUCUCAACCAUUAACCUCAGAAAUACUGAAUGUCAGCACAUAGCUUUUGACUGUAAACCAGAACUCUGAGACGACAGCGGUUCUUGUUCUGUGGAUGUGGCAGGUUCUGUGCAGGUCAAAACCAACUCCAACAGAUGUCACAGUUUAAGAUUGUUUCGUCAACAAAAUGAGAAUAUUGGCUUUUCUGAAGUAGCUUGCUUCAUUAUCUCAAGGAGAUUAGCAAUAAGGUGACAUUCAUAUAGAAUCUGAUACGUGUGAAGCAAAUGCUACGACAAUCAGUUACAACACAGAAGGAGAGCAGACAGGGACGUUUUUAUAUAGUUAGAGGAAAUGGUGUAUUUUGUAUGAUAGGACUUGAAUGUAAAUAGAGAUACAUGCUUUUAUAUGUGGAUAAAUGUUAUGUUUAUAGAGAGUAAUGCAUUUAAUAUUAAAUAAGAGACUGUACAGCAAAUUA